AUGACCAAGAUUCUGUGUGUCGCCGAGAAGCCGUCCAUUUCAAAGGCCGUAGCGGGUCAUCUUUCUGGGGGCCAUUACCAAACGUCCAAGUACGUCAAAAACUAUGGGUUCUCGUUCAACUUUGGCCCGCCGUACGGCGACUGCGAGGUCACCAUGACCUGCGUGUCGGGCCACAUGACCACAAUGGAGUUCGGCCCCGAGGUCAAGGACUGGAAGUAUCCGCCGCCGGACCGUCUCUUUUCGGCGCCCGUGCACACUGUCAUCCCCGACGACAAGAAGGUCUUGGCGAACAACAUCCAGCAGCAGGCCAAAUACUGUCAGGUCUUGAUUAUCUGGACGGAUUGCGAUCUUGAGGGCGAGCACAUUGGCCACGAGAUCCGGGAAGCCGCCCGCAAAGGCAAGCCGUCGAUCGAAGUCCGGCGAGCGCACUUCAGCAACAUUGAGCGAGCACACAUUCUACGCGCGGCACAGAAUCUUGUCGGGCUUGACGAGCGGCAGAUCAAUGCCGUGGCGGCACGCAUGGAGCUGGACCUGCGCAUUGGUUAUGCCUUUACUCGGUAUCUGACGAACAACCUGCGGACCCUCGGCGGGCCAAUGUCACAGCUAACGCUGAGCUAUGGCUCAUGUCAGUUCCCGACACUGGGCUUCGUCGUGGACAACUACUUUCGGGUCAAAAAUUUUGUGCCCGAGCCCUUUUGGAGCAUCAACGUGAAGCACACCAAGGGCCGGUACACGGCCAGUUUUUCGUGGGCGCGCGGCCAUCUCUUUGACCGUGCCUGCACCGUCAUCCUGUACGAGCGCUGCCUCGCCGCUCAGAAGGCCGAGGUCGUCAAGGUCCAGGAGAAGCCCACCAAGCGAUGGCGUCCACUGCCCCUGACCACCGUGACGCUUCAAAGCAUGGCCACUCGCUUCCUGCGCAUGACGGGCCAGCAGGUCAUGACGAUUGCCGAGGGCCUCUACAACAAGGGCUUCAUCAGCUACCCACGUACCGAGACGGACCGUUUCGACAAAGGCAUGAAUCUCCAGGCACUCGUCCAGAAGCAGGCACAGGACGCAACAGGGCGCUGGGGGCCGUUUGCGCAAGACCUCCUCCACAACAACAAGUUUCUCUGGCCGCGCGCUGGCCCUCACGAUGAUAAAGCUCAUCCGCCCAUCCACCCCAUUACGUACGCCGCGCCCAGCGUGCUCAACAAUGAAGAAGGCCGGCUCUACGAGCUUGUUGUGCGGCGGUUCCUGGCCUGCUGCGCCGACGACGCCAAGGGCAUGGCGACCGACGUCGAGAUUGCGUACGGUCCCGAGCGGUUCCGUGCCAAGGGCGUCCACGUGCUGGAGCGCAACUUUUUGGAUGUCUAUCCCUACGAAAACUGGACCGACACGGCCCAGCUGCCGGCUUUCACGGUCGGCGAGCGGUUCGAGCCGACCGAGGCCUUGAUGACACAGGGCAAGACGUCGGCACCAGGCUACCUGACAGAGGCCGACCUCAUUGCUCUCAUGGACGCCAACGGCAUCGGCACGGACGCGACCAUGGCCGAGCACAUCCAAAAAAUUCAAGACCGCGAGUAUGCACGGGUUGUGGAGCAGUCUGGACAGCAAAGCAACAACGCGGCCGGUGGCGACGACAAUGACGACGAAUCCGGCGGCGGCCGGGGCGGUCGUGGUGGCCGCGGCGGUCGUGGAGGCCGAGGCGGCGGCAGUGCCCGCGGCGGUCGUGGCGGCGGGCGGGGUGGCCAGCGAGUGUUUGUGCCGACGCAGCUGGGCGUCGCACUCAUCCAGGGAUUUGACCGCAUGAACUUUGAGACAAGUCUGGGCAAGCCCUUUUUGCGCAAGGAGAUGGAGCUGCAGAUGAAGGCCAUUUGCGAAGGUCGCACCACGCGGAACGCCGUGCUGCAAGAGAGCCUGCGGCAGUACCGCCAAGUAUACGAGCAGUCGUCGGAACGACUCGACGUCCUGAAAGCCUACAUCUUCAACAACGGCGGCACCUCCACGACCGCUCGAUAG